AUGGGCCAGAGACAUCAGGCCUUCUUAAUCGCCAAAGUUAUUCCAAAAAAGGGCGAUACUAUCGCCAAAUAUCGAUGCGUCGCAGCUGUCCAUAACCAAUGGUGCUACGGCAAGUUGCCACUCGUCUAUGCGCAUCAGUUUUAUGUUCUGGCCAAGAAGCAUGAGGCCACAAUUCUCCUGCGCGAAGAGCUUGCAAAGUAUGCCGAGAAUAACGCCGUCGAUAGCGACAUACCAUGUCCCUAUGCCACAAAGCUACUGGAGCAGGCAUUCACGGAAGCCCGAUCAGUGACGGGCGACAUGGUUUCUUUGAACCAAGCAUUCGCAUUGGACGUUAGCAAGGGCACCUAUUACUACGACAACGACGACGGGAUCACGGUCAUCGACGUUACUGAUCCCCAGAACUUAUCCCUGUGCUUCUUACAAUUUGAUGAAACGAAGCCACUAACGCCUGAGCUAUACCUACGUGGCUAUUACCCGAUCAAACGCAUGAGCGACUUUCCCGAUGCCGAAAAGCUCAACUUGGAGACCAUCGCGAACUUGGAUCACAUACCUCUUCUUCCUAUGACAGCCCUGGCCGAAACAUGGCCCGAAGAAUACGAGGCGACAGCCGAUACCCUCGAUUCUGGCCCCACAGGCACCGAUCCCGUUGAAAAAAGUAUCCCUUCUCUUUUUGACCUCUCGUUGGAGAAAACAUUGGACUACGCCAUCGAGAACGAUGAGAUCGAAGCCUUGGAGCAUGUCCUUGCUUUUCCUAGAACAUCGCACCUAAUCUUGGAGAAACUCAAGACUCUUGAAUUCAUCAGCGACAAAGUAGUCGACUUUGCCGCCCAGAUUUUCGCAAAGCAACCCAGUCACCCCAAAGAGGUCAACUUGGCCAUGUUCAACCUCGAUGGAAAGCAGGUCCUCCGCGUCCUCCUUGAUAAAGCGGAACAGGUUGAGCGGCUUGACGUGUAUGGCAACGCUCGAUUCGACAAGGAUGCCCUGGAGACCAUCUUGACGCAUUUGCCCAACCUUCGCUGGGUGAACAUAGUGCAAACCGCUAUUUCCAAUGCGGAUAUUCGCGAGCUACUCAACAAGUGGCCCUUUGACGUCUACCGAGACGCCGCCCAUCUUCACACAGUCGUCCAUCCCUUUUUCAUCGACACCCGUGAGGACAUCCCACAUUCGCUUGGAAUCCAAGUUGAUAUAUCAAGCUUUCCGGAUGACCCAAAUCCGACCUUUUCCUUCCCAAUGUUCUCGAUCCAAUCCGUUGCCUCGAAAAUUACAGAGGUUUUCAAACUUCUACUUCCCUCCGACGCAUCAUCCGAUCAAUCUUUCCUCCGUCGUUGGUGGCGCGGUCACCCCAGCUCAAACCCAAUGCAGAUAGGCCCUGAACUCACAAGGUUGUUCUGUAUGAACUCUUUUCCAGGGUCAGAGGUCUCUGGUGGAUCAUGGGAGUUACCUCAAGGCUCAGAGCUACAGCAAGCCCCACGCAACUAUGAAAGCUCCAGAAUGGCCAUACAAAACCAGCCAGCCUUGACGUUCUUACCCCGACGUGGAGGUUUACCCAAGUCACCGACGGAAGGAACUUACACCUUUCUCUUGGUCAACAAAUUCCACGGCGGACGCUCUCUAACGGACUUCUGGAGCUACGGAGUCGUAACCGGACGUUCAACCACGCCGACUGGUGAAGGUGCACUGACAGAAGCUUCAACGGAUGCGAACGCUGCGAAGGAAUGGGAAGUGCUGGACCUCCCAACCUUCUUCAAGCGACUCGAACAGGACGAGGGCCUUUCCCCACCGACAGACCCUUCUAGUCUUGAAGAAGUCUGUAAUCUCGUCAAAGACAACCCUUCGCGAUUCGGUCUUCUCACUUCCGUACCAGGAGCAUGA